UGUGCCGUCUCCUGUACUUUGUUCAGUCAAUAAGUGUUUAACCAGAGUUAAGACUCUUGACUACGCUCUGCUCUUUUGGCCUUCAUCAUUUCAGCAUCAGAUCUCGAUCUCUCUCUCCCUCUCUCUCUCUCUCUCUCUCUCUCUCCAUCCAACAGCAGAUCCACACAGCCUGAGCUCAAGUUGAUUCCACGCAGCAGCAGCGAUGUUGCGCUUGAGCUCCGUAAUUACCAUUCUGCCCCUUCUGGCGGUGCUACUGCUCUGUGCCCUCCGCAUUGAGGCGUCGGUGCAUGAGUACGCCGGAGAGAAGUUCGUCGGCAAAGGAAAUGCAUUCGUUGUCCACGGAGGAAGCGAGGGGAUUUACGCUUCUGGACCUGCACUCAAUGAGUCCUCCCCCGGGGACUCUUUUAUUCGAUUGGAAAAGAUUGUAUUCCGGAGGCCUUUGGAUCUAUCUAAUUUCAGCUCAGGAUCAGUUCAUGCAAUUUUAUUUGAGGUGGAUGACAGGGAGACAAUAGGUGGUUCCGCAUAUGGAGGUCAAAGAGCUGUGUGUUGCACAGCAGAUCUUGCAAAACUUGGAGUCUGCAAGCAAGGCCAAAUUAUUCACCGGCCAUCUACUAAUAAUCCAGGUUGGCCUCAAGUAUUUGGUGCCUCAUUUGAUAUGGAUGCGACAGAGACUACUCUUCAGCCAAGGUCCAUACAAAUUACGAAAACUGGAAUGUAUAAUCUGUAUUUCAUUCACUGUGAUCCCAAACUUAAAGAGGUUACUGUUGACGGGAAAACUGUCUGGAAAAAUCCUACUGGUUACCUACCUGGUAGAAUGGCACCACUGAUGAGAUUCUAUGGGUUCAUGUCUCUGGCAUUUGUGCUGCUAGGGAUCUUCUGGUUUUCACAGUAUGCUAGAUUCUGGAGAGAGGUUCUUCCAUUACAAAACUGUAUUACACUUGUCAUAACCUUAGGAAUGUUUGAGAUGGCCCUGUGGUACUUUGAUUAUGCUGAGUUCAAUGAAGCUGGAGUCAGACCCACCGGGAUCACUGUCUGGGCAGUCACUUUUGGAACAGUGAAACGUACUGUAUCAAGAUUGAUCAUUCUCAUUGUUUCUAUGGGUUAUGGUGUUGUCAGACCUACCUUAGGAGGUCUUACAUCAAAAGUUAUUUUACUUGGAGGGACUUUCUUUGUUGCAUCUGAAGUGCUUGAACUGAUUGAAAAUGUUGGUGCUGUGAGUGAUCUCUCAGGGAAGGCUAGACUGUUUUUUGUCCUUCCUGUGGCAAUUUUGGAUGCUUUCUUCAUUCUUUGGAUAUUUACCUCCCUCUCCUCAACUUUGAAUAAGCUUCAGGCUAGAAGGCUGAGCGCCAAGUUGGAUAUUUACAGGAAGUUCACGAAUGCAUUAGCUGUUGCAGUUAUCGUGUCUGUUGGAUGGAUUUGCUAUGAGCUUUAUUUCAAGUCAAAAGAUGUAUACAACGAGCAAUGGCAGAAUGCUUGGAUCAUUCCUGCCUUCUGGCAAGUCUUGUCUUACUCUCUCUUGUGUGUCAUAUGUGCUCUUUGGGCGCCAUCACAGAACUCAAUGCGAUAUGCUUACUCUUCUGAGGAUGCCGCUGAAGAUUUUGACAAGGAUGAGACCUUGAAACUCAUAAAACCGUCCCCACUGGCUUCUAAGGAUGUACGGAGUCCUGAACUAAGAUCAGUCGGGAGUGGAAAUGGUUUAUCCCACACAGACCUUCAAGAAGAAAAAACUGCAUAAAACAAGCCAUACUCUCUGUAAGUUCGACACAUCAAUGUACGUGUGGCCAUGGCUCGUCUAAUCAACAGAAUACUCAAGUUGUAACCAUUAUCUUGUAGAGAUACGAGGGUGAAAGAGGAGAAAGCAUGUGAGAAAUAUCAAAAUCUGUUGGCUAGGUAGACUUGGUGUCUUAUUUUCUCUCGUUGUUCUUGGUUGUCACCCAUCUCUCUUGUUUUCAUAUAUUUGUUGAUUGGAUUUUAUUAGUACAUUACUAGCAGUUAAUCACACGGUUUAAUAUAGCAAUUUUGGUUACAUCUGUAUCAUUUUCAUUUUCUUCUUGAACUCGUAUAGCUAAA